GGAAGUGCUGCGCAAAACAGCGCUAAUCUCGUGGGCCAAACAGUUAACACAGUUGCCGGCGCUGCCGGUGAUUUAGCCGCUGCUGAUUUCAAGCUCAAAGGCGAUUUAAUCGGAGGUGUAUUGGGUUCGAGCGGUACCGCAUUGAAGGGCAAAGCCGAUGCCAUCGGUAAGAUUGGCGGCGGUGUUGGCGAUGUCAUGAGCGGUGGUGUCGGUGCCGCUACCGGAUUGGCCGGCGGACUCGGCGGUGCCGUCGGUAGUGGAAUAGGCGGCGCCAUUGGGAGCGGUAUCGGCGGUGCCAUCGGAAGUGCUGUUGGCGGAUCAGCUGGCGGUGCAAUUGGUCCAAUUGGCGGUGGAAUAACUAUUGGUUAA